AUGAAGCAUUCGUUCUUCGGCGGCAUGGGCGGAUACGUAUUGGAAUACCAAAACGAGGGACGAAUCAUCAUCAGACCGGCAGAAAUUCGAUGGCUAGCAAGCGAGAACUUGCCAGUGUUCCCAGAGAUUGAAUGCUCCGAGAUCGACGGUGUGAGCAGGAUGGACAUCUUUCAAAAAGUUAUCGCUACCACACAACUUAUAUGGUUCGCUCUUCAAUUCAUUGGCCGCGCCAUCAAAGGGAUGGAGUUCGCUCUCCCAGAAGUCACAACACUCGGCUUCAUCACCUACGCGAUUGUCAUCCUGUUCUUUUGGUGGAAGAAGCCUAGUGGAGUUUCUACACGAACGAAGAUCCGCUGCCCAUCGAUCAGUGAUCAAGAUAUCGACAGAGUGCUCGUGGUCACAAAGGGUAAAAAGCAAUCACAGAAACUGGAAUUGCAUUUACCUCAAACUGACUUCGGCGACGAUGGCCUGAGUUGCUUUUUGUUGUGGUUGUCGUUGUGCCUGAUUGCAUCAGUUGGGGGAUGGCACCUCGCUGCAUGGAACUACUCGCUCCCCACCACAGUAGGGAGCAUACUCUGGAGAGUGUCCAGCGUUUCCGUGGGUGUUGUGGUGAUCGCUCUCUGUUUUCCAUCUUUUUGGAACGAACCUGAGUCUUGGCUGUCAGAUUGGACUUUGAAUCUCUUGAUACUUGCGUACGUGAUAGCCCGUAUGUUCCUCAUUGUCGAGACAGUUAUUUCGUUGCGUUCAGCGCCAGCAGGGAUUUACGAGCGUGUUCGCUGGAGCGACUUUGUCCCUCAUGUCUGA